CUGUCCCAAAGAACUUAAUAUGCCCCGAAGCAGGGAGGAAGAUCCAGCCCUGAAACCCUUUCCCCGGCCUUUGCUGUCCUAGACGUAAGACAAGGGUUAGGAAUGAAGCCACCACUAUGUCCUCCGUCAGCGAAGUGAAUGCCGACCUCCGAGAGCUGUUAACAAACAUUAACUUGGAGCAGUAUCUGGGGUGCUUCCAGCAGUCGGGCUACCACACGCUGAAGGACUGCGCCCAGAUCAAUGACAGCAUCCUACAGAAAAUCGGAGUGUUGCCCACCGGCCACCGAAGGAGGAUUCUCAAGCAGUUGGAGAUGAUCCUUUCAAGACUGCCCGAGCCAGUGGUGUACGCAAACGUUCAGAAAAGAAAGAAGGAGCCCGAGCCCUUCGAGGAUGCCCCAUCUUCGUUGGCCGGUCCAGAGAGCUGGGGACGCAUCUCGAGCUUGUGUGGGACUCAGAGCGCCGGCCCCGAGCCUUCGGAGGCUUCUGCCACAGUUUGUGGCAGACGUGAUGUCUGUAAUGAAAACAGGCAGCCUACAGAAUCAGUGGAUACAUCUUCCCCCCCUAAGCACAGUGAUUCUCCUCUAGACGCGGCGUCCCUGCAGAAUUUGGAUGCUUGUCAAGAUCUCGCCCUUGACGGUGGAAAGGCAGAGAAUGCAACUUUGGUUACAAAAAAGAAUGUAGAUUGCGCAGAGGCAAAAGAACCAAUAGGGAAAGUUGGUUGGAACGUAGAUAGUGCCGGGGAGUCUCAUGAUGAAGAGAGGGGACCUCUUUUCUCCCUGGAUUAUUCUAGUUCCAAAACAGAUUCUGAAAAGAAGCCCGGGAUUCUAUCCUCUACGCCCCCCUCAUCGCCAUUCUUUGAAUUUAAAGGAGAGAUGAUUGUCAAUGACUUGUAUAUAUCAUCCACCCAAAGCCCAGCACCGAUGAGGAGUCGCAGUAAAUUGGUUUCCAGACCAUCACGAUCUUUCAUGUUAAGACACCGACCUGUGCCAGAAAUCCCUGUGACAUCCAAAGGAGCUAUUUCAGGGAGCUAUGCCCGUGAGAGGAGAAAUGGUGGUAACUCCAGUGGAAAGACCUUGCAACAAUCACUUGAAGAACAGUCAUCUUUGAUUUUUCCAUAUGGGGAUACUUUUAUUUUUAAGAGCAAGAACGCAGAAAAUUCCAAGAAAUCCUUGAAGAAUGAAUUUUGGACUGUUGAAGAAAAAAUUAAAAAGGAAGCAGGUCCUGAAAGGAGUUCAUUUUUUGGACAAACAAGCAUAUAUGAUAACCGAAUGAAAACAUGUGAAGACAAAGUAGAAGAUAUUUGGAUUCCUCGAGAGGACAAAACUGUUUUUCCAUUAGACUCUGCUUCUGAGUCAGAAUAUUCCACAGUGGAAGAGUGUUUUAAUAGUUUAAGAAGAAGAAGUUCUAAGGCAUCCAAGUCAAGGGCUCAAAAAGGGAGUUUGGACUCAGCUGCUAAUAGGCACAGUUAUCCACUAAGUUCUAUUAGUGGAUUUGUUGAUCAGCCAACCUUGACCUCAAACUCCAUAUCACCGUAUGCAUGUUAUUAUGGAUCAUCAGCAAAAAAAGUCAAAUCUGGAUGGUUGGAUAAACUCUCUCCUCAAGGAAAACGUAUGUUUCAGAAGCGAUGGGUGAAAUUUGAUGGCUUUUGCAUUUCCUAUUACAAUAAUGAAAAGGAGGUAUAUUCAAAAGGAAUAAUUCCUCUCUCUGCUGUAUCAACAAUCCGGGGUCAGGGGGACAGCAAAUUUGAAGUUGUUACAUCACAAAGGACUUUUGUAUUUAGAGUAGAAAAAGAAGAGGAGAGAAAUGACUGGAUCACCAUUCUGCUCAAUGCACUAAAAUCUCAACCGCUUGCUCCUCAGUCUCGGGCUGUUCUACCUGAGAAGUGUGGAUAUCUUGAAUUAAGAGGAUACAAAGCUAAAAUUUUUACUGCCUUGAAUGGAAGCAAUGUGUGGCUCUGCAAAAAUGAGCAGGAUUUUAAGAGUGGACUCGGAAUUACCAUAAUUCCAAUGAAUUUAGCAAAUGUUAAACAUGUGGAUCGGACUGUAAAACAAUCUUUUGAAAUAAUCACUCCCUAUAGAAGUUUUAGCUUUACAGCAGAGUCGGAAAAAGAGAAGCAAGAGUGGAUUGAAGCCGUGCAGCAAUCGAUAGCAGAAACUCUCUCAGAUUAUGAAGUAGCUGAGAAGAUUUGGUUCAAUGAGUCAAACAAGAACUGUGCUGAUUGUAAAGCACCAGAUCCUGACUGGGCAUCCAUCAAUCUCUGUGUUGUCAUUUGUAAGAAGUGUGCAGGACAACACAGAUCUUUAGGACCAAAAGAUUCAAAAGUUCGCAGUCUAAAAAUGGAUGCCAGCAUUUGGAGCAAUGAACUCAUUGAGCUUUUUAUUGUCAUCGGGAACAAAAGGGCAAAUGACUUUUGGGCUGGAAAUCUUCAAAAAGAUAAAGAAUUACAAAUAAAUGCUUCAGUAGAAGAAAGAAAACUUUUUAUUACCCAGAAAUAUAAAGAAGGACGAUUCAGAAAAACCCUUUUAGCCUUUCUUACCAAAGAAGAAUUAAACAAGGCCUUAUGUGCUGCAGUAGUUAAACCAGAUGUUCUUGAAACAAUGACAUUAUUAUUUAGUGGAGCUGAUGUAAUGUGUGCAACUGGAGAUCCUGUUAACAGCACCCCCUACUUACUAGCUAAGAAAGCCGGACAAAGUCUGCAAAUGGAAUUUCUCUAUCAUAAUAAGUUCUCAGAUUUCCCAAAACAUGACAUUCAUUUUGAAAGUGGCUUACCUCAAGAAUCUUCACAUUCUACUUUUCUCUGUGACUUUUUGUAUCAAGUUCCAUCUGUGGCUGCUAAACCGUCUACAGAGAAAAAAAUGAUUGAAGAAACAAAUAAAAAAUGGUGUGUUUUGGAAGGGGGCUUCUUGAGUUAUUAUGAAAAUGAUAAGGCAACAACUCCUAAUGGCACGAUUAAUAUGAAUGAAGUUAUCUGCCUUGCAAUACACAAAGAGGACUUCUAUAUAAACACCGGACCCAUCUUUACCUUUGAAAUAUAUUUAGUCUCUGAGCGUGCUUUUUUAUUUGGUGCUGAAACUUCUCAGAUUCAAAGAAAAUGGACCCAGGCAAUAGCAAAGCAUUUUGUUCCUUUUGUUGCUGAAAACUUAGCAGAAGCUGAGUACGAUUUGAUUGGUCAGUUGUACUACAAAGAUUGCCAUACCUUGGAUCAGUGGAGAAAAGGAUGGUUUGCUAUGGACAAGUCUAGACUACAUUUUUGUCUUCAAAUGGAAAAUGCUGAAGAAGAAUUGAUGUAUUUAAGGAGAUUACAGGAGCUAACAAUCAGCACCAUGGUUCAAAAUGGAGAAAAAAUAGAUGUCCUACUCUUGGUUGAAAAAGGAAGAACAUUAUACAUCCAUGGUCAUACUAAGUUGGAUUUCACAGUCUGGCAUACUGCAAUUGAAAAAGCUGCAGGUACAGAUGGUAAUGCAUUACAAGACCAGCAGCUCAGCAAAAAUGACGUUCCCAUUAUAGUGAACAGCUGUAUAGCAUUUGUUACACAGUAUGGUUUGGGAAGCAAGCAUAUCUAUCAGAAAGAUGGCGACUCUUUCCGCAUAAGUGAGCUUCUGGAAAGUUUCAGAAAAGAUGCGAGAAGCUUUAAGUUGAGGGCUGGGAAGCAUCAGCUGGAAGAUGUGACUGGCGUGUUGAAAAGUUUUCUGUCUGACAUAGAUGAUGCACUUCUUACUAAAGAGCUGUAUCCAUACUGGAUCUCUGCAUUAGAUACUCAAGAUGAUAACGAAAGAGUUAAAAAAUAUAGCACAUUUAUACGCACACUCCCAGGGGUCAACAGGGCAACUCUGGCCGCUAUUAUUGAACACCUUUACAGGGUUCAGAAAUGCUCAGAAAUCAACCAGAUGAACUCUCACAGUUUAGCUAUGGUAUUUUCAUCCUAUUUGUUUCAAACUAAAGGACAAACUAGUGAAGAAGUAAAUGUGAUCGAAGACCUAAUUAACUAUUAUGUUGAAGUGUUUGAGAUUAAAGAAGAUCAAGUCAGACAAAUGGAUAUAGAGAAUAGCUUUAUUACCAAAUGGAAAGAUACUCAAGUUUCACAAGCUGGAGAUUUGCUAAUUGAAGUAUACGUUGAAAAAAAAGAACCUGACUGUAGUAUAAUAAUAAGAAUUUCACCUGUGAUGGAAGCAGAAGAAUUGACAAAUGAUAUACUAGCAAUAAAGAAUAUCAUCCCUUCCAAAGGGGAUAUAUGGGCUACAUUUGAAGUCAUUGAAAAUGAAGAACUUGAGCGCCCUCUUCACUACACUGAGAAUGUGCUGGAACAAGUUCUUCAGUGGAGUUCAUUAGCAGAGCCUGGCAGUGCCUACUUAGUGGUGAAGAGAUUCCUAACCAUGAAUGUAAUUAAACACUACAAUGAAAAACUGGCAUCAUUGCAGAAAUAUUUAUUGCUCUGCAACUCUGUGCAGAAAAGGAACAAGGAGAAAAGUGCAAUGGAAAGUGUAAAAGAAGGAGUCAUGAAAUUCAAGGAAGAACCUUCUAAAAUAUUAUCUGGAAAUAAAUUUCAAGAUCGGUACUUUGUUUUGCGGGAAGGCUGUCUCUUUCUUUACAAGGAUAUAAAGAGUAGCAAAGCAGAUAAAAUGCUCCCUCUCAACUCUCUGAAGUUUUAUCUUGGUGUGAAAAAGAAAAUGAAAACUCCAACAAGUUGGGGCCUGACAGCAUGUUCAGAGAAACACCACUGGUAUAUGUGUUGUGAUGGUCCGCAAACACAGAUGGAAUGGUUGACCAGUGUUUUUCUUGCCCAGCAUGAUAAUGAUAUCCAGCCACCUGCUGGAAAAGAACGUAAGCGAUCUAUAACCAAAAAUCCCAAAGUUGGUGGUUUGCCUUUAAUUCCCAUCCAGCAUGAGAAAAAUACUAACCAAGCCAGAAGAAAUAUAGAGAAUUCAAAAGCAGGACUGGAAAGGCUGAGGCCCCCUGAAAAGCAGGACAAAGAGCAAAUAGAAGCCAGUUUAAGAGAGCGAGCCUCCAUGGUGGCCCACUGUCUGGAACGCAAGGAGGAAAAACACCGAAAUCUAAGGACUAAGAAACACCGGAGCUUCAAUUGUCUGGAGGACACGGGUGCGGAUAUUCUUCACAGCCAACAAAAAUCACAGAAAGACUUCAAGAUUCUGAAGAAGACUGAGGACAAGAAUAGCAAAUCUAGCCUGGAAACAGAUAACAAAUUACCCUCUAAAGUGAUCGAGGAACUCAACGUGGUUCUGCAGAGAACAAGAACCCUUCCCAAAGAUCCAUGA